CCGCCCUGUCGCAAGAUGGCGGCGGGUAGCGGGAGGCGGCGCGGUGUGCUGCGGAUGCUAAUGCGGAUCGGGUCGGUGCUGCUCACUCGCUUCCCGUUCUGGCACUGUCUCAGCGGCCUUCUGCUCAACGCCGAGCGCGCCGAGGUUCGCCGGAAACCAGACAUCCCUGUCCCAUUUCUCUACUUUGACAUGGGUGCAGCGGUUUUAUGUGCCAGUUUUAUGUCCUUUGGUGUGAAACGUCGAUGGUUUGCUUUGGGGGCUGCGCUCCAGUUGGCUAUCAGCACCUAUGCAGCAUAUGUUGGAGGCUAUGCACAUUAUGCAGACUGGCUGAAGGUGAGAAUGUAUUCACGAACAAUAGCCAUAAUAGGUGGAUUUCUGAUUUUGGCAAGUGGCGCUGGUGAGAUCUACCGUCAGAAACCACGGAACAGAUCAUUGCAAUCUACUGGGCAAGUUUUCAUUGGAAUCUACCUCAUUUGUGUGGCUUACUCUCUUCAGCACAGCAAAGAAGAUCGCCUGGCCUAUCUUGGUGGUAUCCUGGGUGGGGAGAUCCUCCUACAGCUUCUCUUUGUUCUCUACGGUGUCCUUGCUCUGUCCUUUCUAUCCGGUUAUUACAUCACCACAGCUGCUCAGAUCCUGUCGGUAAUUCUUCCUCUGGUCAUCCUCUUCAUUGAUGGCAAUCUUGGUUUUUGGCAUGAUUCUCGCAGAGUUGAAUUCUGGAAUCAAAUGAAGUUGAUUGGCCAAAACGUUGGGAUUUUUGGAGCCUCCAUCAUUUUGGCCACAGAUGGCUGAGCAUAACCCAGGGGACUUGAGGGACUAUGCUUGAUUUCAGGCCAGGGAGAGGAGAAGACCUCCGGAGAAGAAACUGGGAGGAUUUUAAUUAAUUGCUUAUUUAUUUUUGGUUUUACUGCAUUGUUGAAACUCUUUGCUCCUUUCCACUGGCAGCUAAAUGAGCUCAUAUCCUUUCUUUAUGAUGCGGGGUCAUUUCUAUUUUUUUAGAUAUUUUUGUCAAGGACAGUUCAACAGCUGUCUUAUUUCUUGAGCAAUAGAAAAUGAAAGAUUAAGGUCUUCAAUUACACCCAUGAGGGUUCAGGGUUUGGUAUCCCCUAGUAGAAUUGAUUUAGGUUUCUGUUUCCAGUCUUUCAGAAACUUAAAGAAAAUGUGAACAAAAUUUCCACUUGGUAUGCUGCUGGGCCUGAACAACACUCCUGGGUUGAGUAGGCAGAGACAGAGAGAUUUUGAAUCAUUUUACUUUGGAUUCAAGAGUAUGAAUAUGAUAGUGAUGGUUCUCAUUGAAUGUGCAGUUUUUUAUAUCGUGGGGCUUCUGAGCAUUGAUAAUUCUCAAAGAGCCCAAGAUAAAUGGUAAGGUCUGUUUGCAUUGGCUAACUUCUGCUCUACUUGUAUGAACACAUUUGUGAAACUGUAUUAUACUCUUCCAGACAAGCAUGAAGUCCAAACAAUGAUCAAUUGGAUAAAAUAUUAUUUUAUUCAUUGUGGAUUUAGGAGAGAAGAGACCCCAGUAUUUAUAUAUUUAGUGCAUCAGCUAAUUGCUAGGAACACUUAUUCCUGAAACUGGAUGGUAAAAGGAAAGUCAAAUUUUUUGUUAAAUUCCUAUAGGGCAGAACAUUUAGAGUUGGAUUCUAACUAGCUGCAAGUGGAGGGAAACAAAUUUAGAUAUAAUUUCCCUUGAUUUAGAUGCCUCAGAUUUUGUGAUACUGGAACUAAUUAGGGAUGGACAAUAUUUGAAAUGGUAGAUGAUUGCAUCUCUGCCUCAUGAUUUUUAAAAUUAUAUGCUUGUCCUAUGACAGAAAAUGAUGGAAUGAAUUUGCAGUCUGUUGUUUUAUGUUUUUUUAGGAAGAGAGAGAGAUUGGAAGGCCCUUAACUCAUCUAUCCCCAUCUCUAAAUUUUGGAAACCCCAUAUUUAGAAACCCCAAAUACUUUCUUUUGGAGGAAGAUUAAAAGUGGAGAAUGGAAAUGAAAGGAAAAUGCUCCCAAAUGCCAUUUCUUGCAGUAUUUGUGGAGAGUUUAAAAGUGGGAAAAGUGGGAGCAGCUUGUCUCCCAGAAGUAUCAAAACUGGGAAUAUGUUAAAAACCUGGACUAUGCCAAAAUACAGGCAAAAUUGGCUUCUGAGAAAGCAGUUUGGUGUCAUUAUGGGAGAUAAGUCUUAAGGAUGCAGGUGAGAAUGAGAGGCCUAUAAAUCCAUCACUUCUAUCAAGAGCAUAAGCUGACAUAGAACCUCAGAUCACAGGCCCAUAUUUAUUUCUGUGUGAAUAGUGAAGCUGUGGGGAAUGAGAUGAAAAAUGAAUGAUACUGGGUGGAAUCAGGGAGUUUGGGAAUUACAUAAUUUGGAUCAAAUAAGAUUAUGAUACUGAAGACUCCAGGAAUAGAAGAAGGGUUUUUCUCAUACAUUGAAGCUCUUCAAAAUGUUAACCACUAGAGGAGGUUGCUGCCUAACAAAUAUAUUGAUUUUUUUCACCCUCAUUGGUAAAUUAUGUUAUUAGAGGCACUAGAAUCUCAAUCAGUUAAAGCAAUAGACUGCCAUAGUACACGCUUAGCCACCUCCACUCUGAAUCCCGUUUUCUUUCAGUUGACCAUAUGUGAUCUAGAUACAGUAGAAUCCAUGUUCAUAAUAAUGUUUAUGCAGCUUUUCCUAUCUCUGUAAUUGCAUUCUUCAGGCCAGAAUACAUUCAGACCAUUUCUUUCCAGAACACAUUUUUGAUAGUAAUCUUGUCUGAAAUGUAAUUUGCAUUUGGAAAAACCCAGUGUACCUCUUGAGAUGUAACGGUGGAAUAUUUGUAUUCAGAGGCUCUCAAAGAAUUUAAUAUGCUACUCAGGAAUCAUUGGUUUAAAAUCCAGCCCCAUAAUGGGUCUUUAUAUGUAUUCACUCUCAAAGGAGAGAUGCAGGAAUUUGGAAAAUGCUGCCAUUCUGGAAUCAUAGCCUAUUUCAGCUGUCUUAGCCAUACACUAUGUUGCCUUUUCCUCCUCAUUGGCAGGUAUCAUUGAUUUGCUGCAUCUUCAGGAUUUCCUAAUACGUAUUUUGCAUUUGGAAGUUUAAAAGUCAAUAAAUGCACUUUUCUAUUAGUGUAUCUUUCUUUCUUUCUCAGUGGUUGUUUUGUUUCCUCUCUUAACAGCUUGCUGAACCCCAGUAGCUCAGUUAGAAAUGCAUCAACAAUUGUAUGUUGUACAAUUCUUCUGGACAACUUCAGCAAGAAAGAUAAGAGAGCCAACAAUUCGUGUUCCUGAGUUCCAAGAUCAUUUAUAUGUUCAGAGAUUCUUAUUAUAUAAGUAAUCCUUGAUUUAUGAUCGUUUGCUUAGCAACCAUUCAGAGUACCGAUGGAGCCCCUAAAAGGGUUACUUACAACUUACAACCCAGUUCCAAUGGCCAUCUCACCUCUCCCGCGUGGUUAUGUGAUCAUGUUUUGGCCAUUCGACAGCAGGUUCACAUUUGUAGCAAUUUGCAAUGUCCCAUGGUCAUUUGACCACAGUUUACAACAUUUUGUUGAAAACUGGUGUUUACAUCCAGUUUUUGGCAAAAACAGCCCACUGUGAACAAUUGGUUCGCUUAGCGGCCAUGGAAUUCACUUAAUGAUCUUGGUAUUCAUUUUACAAUUGCAGUAAAUGUCAUAAAAUCAGGUCUGAACAUAUGAUGAUCCACUUUACAACCAUCACGUUUUAUAACUGUAUUGACCAGUUGGUGUUGCAGCAGGACGGAUAUGGGAUAACGAAACUCUGUGGGGGCUUUGCGAAAUCCAGCCGAUAUCUGCUUGCCAGAAGACCCUAGGGGGCCAAAGCCACCCUGGAGGGGUGGUGAAGAAAGGAGGUAUGCUUUGCAUAUCACGAGGAAACAGCAAUUUUUUCGUUUGAUCCAAAGAAAACCCUCCUGACCAGCAACAGAGGAUAGCCAUUUUUGGCAAGACUGAAGCUGUGACAACUGGGAUAAGAAGAAUAUGUGCUGGAGCAAUGGAUUGAAACUGGGUGAGAUAACUCAACUUCUAUAUUAGAGACUUAAAACCAAAAAAAAAAAAACCACUUAAAAAAAAAGAUUCCCCACGACAUUAAGAAAGGGGCAAUUUAUUAUAUGGAGAAAGAUCACAUACCUAAAAGUGAAACAAACUAUUAAGGAGAGAUUGUGAAGCUUUACAAUAAAGACUGGUUUGGGACUGUUAGCAGUGUGAAAAGGGAUUUAAUUUGUGGAUAAUAUUGUUUGAUUAUUGGAAGAAUUUUAAAGAAAGAGGAAUUUUGCUUUUCAUUUUUCCUUCCCCUCCCCUCCAAGUUUUAUAGAGUUUUACAGUCUUUACAGCUGGAUUUUAGAGCGGGGGCGCCAUCUAUGGAUCAAAGAAGAUAUAAUAUUAGUGUUUUAUGGGAAUAACCUUGGAUGAAGAAUUACUUGAGAUAAAUACAUUAAUAACAAAGGAAAUAAUGAAAGACAAACAACAUCUGGAAGGCUUUUUUAUUUUGGUUCCACAUCAACUCAAAUUUUAGCUGCCUGGAAGUAUUAGAGAGCCAUUUGAAGAUUUUUAAGGCAAGACUGAUUACUAUUAACAAGAAACAUCUUUGAAACUGUGUAUCUGAUUUUGUGGAUUAAAGGCAUUUAGGGAAAUUUGGUGGGCCAAUUUGGAACACUAAGAUGUAAAGAAAAAUUGAAUAAGACUUAACAUUUGGAAAAACCAGAGAGUACAAAUUGGAUAAUUUUAAGGACUAUAAAUUUAGGGCGGUUUGAGGAACAGUUCCAGGACCAUGGGAAUUUUAUUAAUACUGGUGGGUUUGGUGUUUCUGCAUAAUUGGAAUAUUGAAAAUUUGGUGGAAUAUUGAGAAAUGAUUAGUGUAGCAUCUCAGCACAAAAUGUGUCAGCAGGAGAAAACAAAUGCAGUUUAUAAAGAAAUAAUGUUGAUGUUUCAAUGUAUUAAGAAAGAUAUAACAAGGAAUCAUAAGGAGAUGAUGGAAUUGAUGCAAGAUAUGGUGAGAUUUCCCCAGUUGCAAUGUAUGGCUGUGAAAGUUAGGACCAUAAGAAAAGUUGAGUGGCAAAGAAUUGAGGCCUUUGAACUGGAAAAGACUCCUGCAGUCCUUGGAUUGCAAGGCGAUCAAACCGGUCAGUCCUAGAGGAGUCCUAGAGGAAAUCAACUCUGAUUGCUCUUUAGAAGGCCAGGUCCUGAAGAUGAAACUCAAAUAACUUUGGCCACCUAAUGAGAAGGAAGGACUCUCUGGAGAAGUGCCUAAUGCUGGGAAAGAUUGAGGGCAAAAGAAGAGGACGACAGAAAAUGAGGUGGCUGGAUGGAGUCACUGAAGCAGUACGCAUGAGCUUAAAUGGACUCCAGAGGAUGGUAGAGGACAGGAAAGCCUGGAGGAAUGUUGUCCAUGGUUCGUGAUGGGUUGGACACAACUUUGCAACUAACAAUAAUGGUAAGAUUCGGAAAACCCCAGCAACUGACAAUAAAAAUGAACAAAAAAUUCAGAAAAUAGAGGAGAAAACAGGAAGUGUUGAGGAAAAAAUAGAGAUAAUAUCAAAAAUGAAACGAGUAGACAAAAGGAUAGCAAUAAUUUUGAAUACGGAACAAAUAGAAUAUUUUUUAAGAAUUAAAUCGAAAGGAGAAUAAUGAGAAAGAUUCUUUAAAAAUGAUGGGGGAACUAAGGAUGGGUACUCUAAAGAUCCAACAGCAAGAGAGAUGCUAUGGCAGCAGAAAUAUUUAGACUAAAUAAAAAUGACAAAAAGAGCUACAAGAUACCAGAGGAGAAGCAGGACAGAUUCACCCAAAAGCUUAUAAGAGUUGAAAUUCUAAAAAGGACAAGAGAUGAUGGAUAGACAUAGAAUAUUUUUUAACAUGGGGGUUAGUCUAAUAAGUGUUAGAAAAAAGUAGUAGAAAGUAGAAAUUGGGAAAAUAAUAUGUAUACUGAAAUAUAAUAGAACAUAUUAUGAUUACUAUGUAUACACAAAUGUUAGAAGUUGAAAAAGUAUGAUUAUGUAUAUUUAAAUGGUAAUAUCACUAUCAGAAUUGUAUGCAAAAUGUAUUGACCCAAAUAAUACUGUCCACUAAACACUUACGGAUGUUAAAGAAAAAAUAAAAUAAAAUUAUUAUAA